UGCAAACAUUUUAUAAUUCCAGGUGAAAAUGUUUUCUGUCGAUGAAGAUUGAAGAAUUGAAUGAAAGCAUGGAUGAACUAAAGCGAGCCCAUGAGUUGGUGGGGCUCCUAGUUACACCCACCACCGGUUCUACAGAUCUGGAGCAAUCUUUUCUUCAAGGUUUGAUCAAGGAGAAAACCCUCGAAUAUUCCAAGGCAGUGGAUGGAUCCCUGAAGUUAAGUGGAGAUGUUGGGUUUGAUUAUGUUAGAUGCUGCGCUAAUGCGCUGGUCAACCUUAAGUUCCAGCUUAUUCACGCACUGCAGGCAGACACUCAUCAAGACAACAAAAAUAUUGGACUAGAGGCGGAUGCUCUAAGUAUAUCCCAGCAGAAAUCUGUCUCCUCCUUGCUAGAGAUGAUUCUAGCUCUGGGUGUUCUACCCAACAUGCUCCAGGGGGUUGGAUCUCCUCUACACAAACGUUCUCAGUUUCUACAGUUACUGCUACGGGAGCUGCCGGAGAGAAGUAUACUGGAGAAAUAUAAACAGCUCGUAUACUCCCUGGAUACUCUUCUUGAUCUGAGUAAACACAGAUCCUUCUCUACCCUAGUUCUAACCAAGCAUAUUGCUGAUAUAGUCGGAGCAUUGGUGCAGAUAUCCUUCGCUCCUCUUAUUAAACCAGCAGAAGAGGAUCAGAAAGAAACCGCUGAAAACGUGUCUCCGUCAGAUCUUCCAGAUGUUGUGAAUGACGUGACAAAUAAAUUCAUCAUGACUCCUGAUUUGUUUGUCAGGUUAAGCGAAGAUCAGGCAAGGUUUAGAAAAGAGUUGGAGCGUAUCCUAGAGCGAAGUUAUCAACCUAACCUAGUAAAAAAUCUACUAGUUCUCCAAGGUAGCUCUAAGGAAAGCAAGGAAGGAGGAAUCUCAUCUCCACGUUGGUUCUCAAAGAAGAUAUCUGAACUUCUCACGGAAAGGCUUCUAGGUAAGUCCGGAGUUAUUAAUGUUAUCCGUGGUGUUCUGGAUAUAGGAGGGGAGAGUAUGGACUGGCAGAAAAUAAGUUUAGUGGCUGGAGUCCUAGGUAAUCCACCCAAAGGAAGUUACUCUUCAACUGAGAACUACUAUCAGCUAAUCUGUCCUCAAAUACUUGAUUUACUGAAUCAUGAAGACAAGGUUUAUCAAAUGAUUGCUUGUGCUUCUAUUAAGACAGUCGCGGAGCGUUCUUUGAUCCUAUCUCGGAGAUAUCUUCUCGACUUUCUCAUGGAUCCGUUCACCAGACUAACUGAGUCGGAAGAGAAAGGUUUGGAAGUUACAGAACUAGAAUUGGAUGACUGUCUCAAAUCUUUAUUCAAGAUUUUCGUCAUCGGCAACGAUCCGUGUCUCAUGUUCCUGAUGCACCUUGAGCCUAUAAUCUUACUACUCCUGGAGCUUCACACUAAGAUUGCGUUUUCUCCGAGUCAUCUCCGGGAUCCUGUCAAACAGAUUUUACUCCGAUAUCUCAAACAUCUAGACACCAGCACUGCUGUUAAUGUUCUCAGAGCUUUCAUUCUUUGUGAGAUUCCGUCCGACGGAAAGUCUAGGAUGAAACUAUUACACAAGGAACUCAUCUUUGUGUUGGGAGAUGAGGGCGGAGUGAGGACGGAACGCAGGGUUGAAUCCGCUCAGAGCUUCACCGUUCUAGAUGACGAGAAAUCUAUAAUACUGCAGGAUAUGCUAGAUGAGCUGAAGGAUCGCAAACUCAAGGUGGAUUUCUACCUCAAGCUCAUGUCGGAUCUAACUGGUAUUGUUGGUGAGUCUGAAACUGAACCUGAGCUACCUGAACCUAUACCUGGAGAAGAUCUGGAAACCCAGCUGCACGAGCUGGAGUCUACUCUAGACUCUGCUAUGCAUCGGAUGCGGAGAAACUUAAUGGUGAUUCGUCUUCUUGGACUGCUCUCCGAGGACCAGGGACUACAGGACGAUCUUCUCAAGGAAACCAGCAGGAUGAUUUUGUUUAUCGGAGCAACACUGAAACGAGGCGCCAUGAUGGUAGGAACCGGUUCUACUCCUGAAACCCUGGUGGCGCAGAGUUUAAAUAUGGCGCUAUCUCUGCUCUCUCUUCACCUAACCCAGGCUAGUGUUAGUACUGAGGACUGGGUGAGGAUGCAGGAUUAUGUUUCUGAUCUUCAAGUUCUCUCAUGCUACCCGGAUACAAGAGUUGCCAGGAUUGCUGAGCAGUUGCACCGCCUGGUGGCAACACAUGGAACUAUUAUCACGGAAACAAACAACAUCAAGAACCAGACUAAACGUAUUGAGGAAGAAACUGCCAAGAUAAAACUUAAAACACAAGAGAUGAAGGGAAUACAAAAGGAAUCUGAGAACAAGCAGAUGGAUGAGAAGAAAAAAAUGAUAAAGGAGAAAGCAGAAGAGCUUAAAAAAGCGAAAGAGAGACGAAGGCAAGGAUUGAAGGAAGAAGAAAAAGAGUUAAAGAUAAUGGAGGAUAAAAGGGGAAUGAGUGCGUAUCAGUGUUCACUUUAUGAUAUUGGUGACCCGGUGCUUCCUGUGCGUGGGCACGGAUUGAUUGAACUGUGCGGAUUGGUGGAGAGGAAGGACAGAGAGACCUUAGAGAACAUAAACAAGGUCGGAGAACUGUUCUCUGUGAGCCUGGAGGACGAGGAUACGUAUAUCUAUCUAUCAGGGAUAAACGGUUUAGUUGCUACAGCCAGGUUCAAUACGGAGCUAGUCCUGGAUACUCUGACAAGGGAGUACACCACGGUAACUCAGCGAACCCACCUGGAGGACCUUGUCGAGGUUAGGACUAAGAUUGGCGAGGCCCUGGUCCGUGUCACCAAGGAGUUGGGAGAUGUGACCCCAAAAUAUAAGAAUAUUCUUCUCAAUGCGUUCUUCUCCGCCGCUAGCGAUCCGGAUGAGUUGGUUCGAGCCUCCAGUUUAUCCAACCUUGGAGAAGUGUGUCGGAACCUGAGGUUCAGCCUCGGUCCUAUUACAGGCGAGCUCCUGGUCUACCUGGAGGCCUCCUCUAGGGAUGCUAGUGCUCAGGUGAGAAGAGCUGCUGCCCUGGUUCUACACAUGGUACUGGAGGGACUGGGUAGAGAUGUUUUUACUGUUCUAGAAUCCGGGAUCAGAGAUAUUCACAGGAGCCUACGUCUAAGACUGGGAGUGGAAACUGAUGAUGUAGCGCUGAUUCAUCUAAACCUGGCUUUGGAUCAAAUAGAUCAGAUUGUUCGGGAUCUAUUCACAGCAGCAGCUCAUCCUCAGCAGAAGAUAUUUGUUAUUGAUUAAUCUUAUCUUGUUAUACGGUAAUACUCAGUUUUUCUCCGACCGCCAUUUAUUUUCUUUGAAUCUCAGAUUAUAUUUCUAGUGCCUUAAACCAAAGUUGUCUUCCACUUGUUAACGCGACGAAAAAAACCAUUUUUUAAAAUUCUUUUUUUAUAAUCUUCAAAUGUUUAAGUUGUAGCUAUUUAUUUAAGUAACUUGUAAGAUGGGUAUAUAUUUAAUAAAUGUUUCGACUAAUUAAA